AUGAUUGCGGGAGUGGAAUUCUGCGCGCACCUGUCGGUUUCCACCGCCGCCUCCCACGCCGCUUCCCUCGCCACGGCGGCGUACUGCGACCCGUGCGAGGCGAGCGUGGGCGUCGGUGCCGGCGCGGGCGCGGGCGCGGGGCGCGCGGGCGGCGCGGGCGGGGUGCUGGGCGCCAGCGGGGGCUUCGUGGCGCGCUACCCCACCUACCGCGCCAAGGACAGCCUGCUGCAGGCGCUGCUGCGCCGCGCCGCCGUCGACAUCCCGCGCAUCGUGGUGACGCAGCCGCCGGGCUGCUGCCCGCGCCACCGCCACCUCGCGCCGCCCCCC